AUGGCUGCUAGAAGAUUUGCUCCAAAUAUCAUCGUUACCGGCACUCCAGGCUGUGGAAAAACGAACACUUGCGAGCUUCUAAAACGACGUUUGGACAAUUGCAAUUACUACAACAUCAGCGAUUUUGCAGCGGAACACAAGUGCUACGAGGGCUACGAUGAGGACCGCAAGUCGCACAUUGUCGAUGAAGACAAAUUGCUGGACGAAAUGGAACCGCUUUUGCGCAACGGAGGCGCGAUUAUCGAUUGGCACGUCAACGACAUUUUCCCGGAACGGUUGAUAGACCUGGUAGUCGUUUUGCGGUGUGACAACUCCGAUUUGUACGACCGGCUCAUGAAACGUGGAUAUCACGACGCGAAAGUGCAAGAAAACCUAGAUGCUGAGAUCAUGGGCGUCGUAAUGCAGGACGCACUGGAUUCUUACGCGCAAGAGAUUGUUGUCGAGCUACCGAGCGACACAGCAGACCAGAUGGACCAGAACGUCGAUCGCGUCGUAGCGUGGCAGGAAAACUGGAUCAAGCAGCAUCCCGAGGGCGUUACAAAUGAACUACAGGCCCAAGACUCUGAAAAGUCGGACAACUCCGAAGAAUCGGAAAAUGAGUCCUACGAGUCGCAGGACUCCCCGAGUUUGACCGAGGAUUCCAACCAAGCAUAA